UCCAUAUACAAGUAGAGGAGAUGUUUGAGAGUUAAGGCGUUCCCUCUGUGCUUGUACCAUUUAAUCAGUUUAAAGAUUGAGCAGAAAACAUUCAGACUCUUCUUCCACCAGGGAGGGGAAACGGGACAGGAAGAACAAACCAGAGAGAGAGCGACUAAAGGGAUUAUCAUGCGUCACUUCAAGAGAAUGGCUCUCAUCCCAUUGCUGGCCAUCGUCAGAGGAAGCCCAGUGUUUCUCCACAGGGAGACAUGGGAUUAGCUGCUCCAUGCUGUUGUUGGUAGCUCUUUCCAACUAGGACGCCUGUGCCGCCGAGCUUCAAGAACAGCUUCAGCUUCUUGUCGAGUCUUGGAUCGCUGUGACGGUACAAGUUGUUGGAUAACACUGGAAUUUAACUCUCCCAACACUCCAUGGCUUUGUGUUUUAGUUGGAAACUUUAAUGAUGACGGCGGAUACCAAAGAGGAAGACAUGACCAGUUCGACCUCAGAUUAUGAACGUGACUGAGUUCUGUGGAGCUGCAACUUUUACCCUAAAAUAAGGAUUUUUUUUCGAUAUCAAUCAUCCUGGCCAAGAUUUCCAACGCUUCAGAACUCACGACCAAGUGAGAUUUUAUUUGCGCCAAAGCUUUCUUGAAAGACUUGUAGGCUAUUGUUGCAAAUUCACCUCGAUAUUCCACUGAUUUUGUCAUUAGGCGCUGUAAAUUAUCAUCAUCCUUGAUGUUCCUGGAAUCUUUUAAAUAACCUGGUGUUAUUUCGUGAAUUGAAUUGAAUUUCGAAUCAUUAUUUUUUUUUGUUUGGAAUGUUGACCAGACUAACUGAUCAACAGCAGCGUCAGUGGAAAAUUUGCGAAUUUCUUGACUUACCAUUAUGACGAUUACGCCUAACAUCACUAAUUUGCAUCAUAGUUACUUUAGGUGCUAUAUUCAAGUUAACAAUCUUUGCUUAAUUUAGGAUUUGUAAGGGAUUAAGGCUUCUCGUCAAUGAAUUAAGAAGAAUUGAUACUAAAUGCGAGAACCUCAUUCAUCCGAUUUGAUAAUGACUCUUGGGAAACGUCCCAGCGAAGUAUAAAAGCCGACAUCCUGGCAGGACUUCAUGUUAAAUCAAGUGGGAUGAGGGAUCGUACUGUGGUGGGCCGGUGGACAUAAAACUGUAGGUCCUCCUGGAGUGGUCCUGGGACCCCAAGAGUUGUCAGACCCAGGGAUUAAAUGGUGUUAAUAACAGAGCACCACAGCGACGAGUCAAAGGUUCGAGAGAAUGGAGUGGCUGUGGGAGUGGGAAUGGGUGCAGACUCACCCGUCAUGUCCAUCACCAGGAUUAACGAAGAAGGGGAGGAGUGCGAGGUGUCAGAGGAAGAUGAAAAUGACGUCGAGGUACCGUAUACGCGCGAAUACUGGGAGGAUGAGGAUGAUAUUUACCAGGAGUUUGAAGAGUUGGACUUCGAUUCCCUUCCGGAUCGGACGGACACUCGAAGCGUGGCCUCAGAUGACUCGUUCUACCCUCCGGACAGUUCGGUCAGUUCGUGUCUGUACCGUUCGCCGAGCCCCGACAGCCCCGAGCCCAUCUCCUUCUACAAGGCCUGCUGCAACAACAACGCCAUCAUCGUCAAGAUCAUGAUCCGACAAGGAAUGACGGAGGAGGAAGUGAAGGAGACAGACAGGAACAGGAGGUCCGGCCUCAUUAUGGCGUGUUACUACGGCUACGUGGACGUGGUCAUGGCCCUGUCUCAGUGUCCUUAUCUUGACGUCAACUGGCAGGACAAUGAAGGCAACACUGCUCUGAUCACUGCCGCACAAGCAGGUCAUGUGUUCAUCUCCAACUAUCUGCUCAACUACUUCCCUGGACUCGACAUCGAGAGGAGGAACUGUCACGGUUUCACGGCUCUGAUGAAGGCCGCCAUGCAGGGCCGAUCUCAGUGUGUCCGAGCGCUGAUGUUAGCAGGAAGUGAUGUUCAGGCGCGGGACAACAGUCGUCACAUGACGUCCAGGGAAUGGGCGUUGUUCACCGGUCGCCAUGAAACAGCCGACCUGAUGCUGCAGCUGAUGUCCAGACCAUGUGCUGAACAGUUCUGUGACUCCUUCCCCCUGGAGUGGCCCAUGUUGGAGGAGCUGGUGACUCAGGCCCAAGAACCCAAGUCCUGUGGGAAACGUCUGAGCAGCCUCUUCUCCUGCUGCCCGUACAGGUUCUACAUCAACAACAAGGUGAACCCCGUGGACGACGGCGUCCUGGAACACAUGGUCCGGGUCACCACCGGCAUCUCCAGUCCAUUCAUCGCCACAGCGUGUCACACGGUGUGUCCGGGAAGCCCGCCGUGCAUUGGAAAGCGGCGUUUCGCGGUUCAGGAGAUCCUGAGAAGGAAACGACUCGCCGAACUGAAGAGCCUGGGUCCGGACCGACUGAACCACUACAAGAGGCUUUUCCAGAACUCGCGAGUCCUCCUCAUCCCAAAGGUGAGAGAUCGCAGGGCGAGCCUCCAGCCUCAGCUGUUCAGUGAAAUGGCGGCGGUGUCGUCCGUGGUCAUGCGACGGGCGAGUUUACUGCCUCUGAACAUGAUGAGGAGGAGCAGUGUCCGGCCGGGCCUUGUGGUGCCCAAAGUCCGGCUCUGCAAGGCCCCGCAUCCUACCUUCAUCCCCGAAAAGGUUAAACAGAACCACAACCACAACCAGCUGCAGGUUCCCAAGUGGGACUACAAGAUGAAACGAAUAGAAAGGAGGCGCGAGGAGGAGAAGAAAAACCUGGUACCUCUGAUAAGGAGGAGGUGAGGGCUUCAUGGACGAUUUUAACCCUUUCAUGCAUGUUCAACUGAAACCACAAUAUCUGCA